AUGUCAGACGAGACAGGACAGGGAGCAGAGGACCCUGCUGACUCUCUGGAAGAGUUCCAGAUGGUUCUCGGUGAGCUGGUUGGGGACGAGAGCAUGGACAGGAUCAGGGUGGAGUACGAGAAGCUGAUCCAGGCUCUGAAGAAGUCGCGGGAGAAUGAGAAGAGGCUGAUGUCCAAAUGCAGGGAGCUGAACGGUGAGAUUGUGUCCAGCUCAACUAAAGUCGUAGCUGCCCUCAAACUGUCCCAAGAAGAUGAGUCAACUAUCAGCUUACUAAAGAGGGAGCUGGAAAAAGCUUGGGAAAUGAUCAAGGCUACUCAUGAUCAAGAGAAGAAGGAUAACGAGAUCAUCAGGAAACUAAAAAACAACAUAGAAGACCUUACUACACAUACUGACAAACCAAAAGACUUCAAUACACAGCAGGAGCAGAAUGAUCUACUAAAAAUGAACGCGGAGUUGACGAAGGAGCGUAAUCAGCUGCUGGCAUCUGUGGAGGGCCUGAGAGAAAAAUUAAACCAGGCCACUGUCACCCAGCAGGAGAUAGAGGCUCAAAGACAGAGUGCUAUGGAGAACACGGCUCAGCUCCAGCAGGAGCUCCUGGUACAACAGAACGAGAUUUCCCGGGAAGUGAGGCUGAAGGAAAAGCAGGAUAAGGAGGUGAAGCUGCUGCACGUCGACUUGGAGGCAAAGACGGCUGACAUCAAAGCUCUACGUCUACAAGGUCAAAGAUCAAAAGAGGAGCAGCUGAGACUGGAGCAGCAGCUGAAAGAGCUAAAGGUCCUGAAUGAGCGAUCUACCAAGGAUCUGGAGCAGGUGCAGCUGAGGAACUCCAAACUGCAUCAGGAGUGUGAGAAGCUCUCGUCACUCAAAGAAAAUCUCUCGCUGGUUAAUCUGCAGAACGCAAAUGAGCUCAAGAUGAGAGACGAUGAGAUGACUCAGAUGCGUCAGACGAUUGCCAAACAGACAAAGAUGAGAGAAACCAUCCAGAAGAACUUAAGCCAAAUGGAGGAUCAGAAAGCUGAUGUGGAAGUGCAGAGGGAGACACUGAGAAGUCAGAUGGCUGCUCUGGAGAAAGACCUUGAAUCAUCCCGAAAGCAAGUCGAAGCUGACAAGAAAGUCACAGACGAGCUGAUGCGAGAGAGAGACAUCAUAAAUAAGAACAUGAUUAAAGCUGGACAUUCGACUGAGAAACAGCAGAAGCUAGUGAAGCUCCUCGAGCAGGACAAGACGUCGCUGGAACAUGAGAUCAGUGGAUACCAGCAGGAGGGCCAAAAACAGCGGAAGAUCAUCCAACAGCUGGAAAAAGAGCGAGACCGCUACAUCAAUGAGACCAGCACCCUCACGCAGAAGGUGCAACAAAAAAUGGCUGAUGUUGAAGUAAGAGAGGUGGAGAUAUUUGAUUGGAAGAAGAAGGUGACUGAAGCAGAGUACAAGCUCAAGCAGAAAGAGAACCAGCUGGAUUCUGUUGUGACUGAAAGGAACCUCUACAGCAAAAACCUCACCGAGGCUCAGGAAGAGAUUGGAGAGAACAAGGGGAAGAUGAAGAUCAUGAGCAACCAUUUUGAACGGCUGAAAGACGAGAUCACAGGGAAGGAGCUGGCCCUGGCCAAAGAUCUCUUGGAGCAAAGGCGCUUAGAGAGGGAUAACGACUCCCUCAAGGUGGAGCUGAAGACGAUUAAGCUGCAGCUUGAAGAAACAAGGCAGAAGGUUGAAAUUCAAAAAACAGAGGAGCUAAAACUGCAGAAGACUUUCGCCGAAGCUGAGGCUGACCAAGUCCAACAGAAGCAACAGCUGUUCCAGGUUUUCAGAGAGCGAGACAGCCUGGGAAAACAGCUGCUACGACGCAACGAGGAGCGCGCCCUGCUGUAUGAGAAGAUCAGGAUCCAGCAAUCCAUCCUCAGCAAGGGCGACUUCCACUACAACCAGUGCAUGGACGACCUCCGUCUGCUCAACCUGGAGAUGAAGAGGCUCCGGCGCAAGAAGACCAUCAUGGAAAAGACAGUCCCCAACACUAAGGACCUGAGGCGAGAGAUGUUCCACCUGCAGGGGGAGCUGCUCAGAGAGAGGAUGAGAAACGGCGUCCUCGAGGAACAGCUGAAGCCCAUUAAUAUUCACAGAUGGAGGCGACUGGAGGGCAGUGACCCCGGCAAAUAUGAACUCAUCCAGAAGAUUCAGGCCUUACAGAAGAGACUUAUUGCCAAGUCACAAGAGCUUGAGGAACAUGAACUCCUACUACAGGAAAAGGAGAAGCUGUAUGUGGACCUGAAGCAAAUCUUGGCUCGGCAUCCUGGUCCAGAGGCGGCUGAGCAGCUCCAGCAGUGUCAGUGGCUCCUCAGAGAGAGAACCACUAAGCUCAAGGUGCUGAUAGCAGAGCUGAAGAUGCUUGACUCCAAGAAUAACGAGUACAAAAGUGAGAAUCAGAGAUUGGACAAUGAGCUUGCGAACAUCAAGAAGAAGUACCUGAGUCAGAAGAAGCUCCAGAGUGAGCAGAGGAGCUCGGCCAAGGUGGAGCAGCUGGAUCAUCUGCCCCAGCUGAGCAGCAAACCUCACUAUACUGGAGGAGGCUUCAGGACUGACAACCAUGAGAGAAGAUGA